GGAGGAGGUGAGUGGAGGUGGGAGGAGAUGGGAGGAGAUGGGAGGAGGUGGGCAAUCCUAUUGGUCCACAUAAAAGAGUUUAUUCUGAUGCCGGUGGGUGACAGGACGUGGGCAGCUGAAAUAAAAAGAAAGAAGAGGCUGUAAGUGAGGAGGAGAGCGCAGAGCGCAUGGCUGCACGGUGACUCGGUCUGGGAGACCCAUCCGCUCAAGAAGACGCAAGAUUUCUCCAACAAAGUCAUUUAACACCCGGAGCACACGGACUGUGACAAGAGGGAAGACCAACCGAGUCAGAGUCUGAGAGGAAGAAGGAGAACUGAAGCCCUCUGUUCUGCUCCUCUCGUGUUUGUCUCUGACUGCAGGAGCUCCGGUGGAGAAUGGAGUGGUAUGUGCUGGUGCUGGUGCUGAGUUUGCCGUCUCUGUCCCAGGCUGGUUGCUCUGAGCAGUGUCUCAGAUGCGUUCAACAGAUUUCAGAUCAAAACUCUCAAAUCUCAGAGCUGAACUCGCCGCUCAGUCGCCUGGCUUGUGCUGCGGAGUGUGAAGGAGCUCUCCAGCCGGAGGAGUGCGAGGAGGCUCUGCAGGUCCUCUCAGACGACCUGAAGGAGACCAGGCCGGGAGGAGAGGCGGAGGAGGAGGGCGAGGAAGAGGAGGACGAAGAUGAAGACGCGGAGCUGAACUUGGUGAAGCGCUACGGAGGGUUCAUCAAGAGAAUCGAGAAGAACAAGAACAAGCUGUGGCCGUGGAGGGAGAACGGCGUGCAGAAAGGGCUGACAGAGGAGCAGCAGAGGGAGCCGCUCUUAAAGCUGCUGCUGAGAAACAACCUCGACAAGGGAGAUUACGGGCGGCUGGAGAAGCGCUACGGCGGCUUCAGGAGGAAAUUCGGGCCGAAGAGGAGGAGCGGCGGCCCGCCGCUGGACGAGGAGGCCAGCCAGGAGCAGCAGCAGGAGCUCCAGAAGAGGUACGGCGGCUUCAUGAGGAGAAUCCGCCCCAAGUUAAAGUGGGACAACCAGAAGAGAUACGGGGGCUUUUUACGGCGCCAUUUCAAAAUCUCAGUCAGAUCCGAGGAGGAGCCGCCUUCGCUCCAAGACCAGUUUGGGCUCUUAAAGUGAAGUCGAUGUGAACACAAACUCACACUGCCCCCCCCUAAAAAGAACUCAUAGCGUCCCAAAACCUCGCUGCUAACAUGGAGCCAACCCCCCUCAUAUCCUCUGUACAGUCCUGUUGUUGUUAGCAAACAAUACGAGGCUGAAGUCGGCCUCUCGGUCGAAC